GUGGCCAUGCAGCUGUGCAUAUGUUAGUCGGCUGCUAAAUAAAUGAUUGGAAGCAUCUUCCGCACAGGUUCCACUCAAGGUUUUAACCAGGGAUCUAAAAGGGAAAAAAAUAAGAGCAGCAAAAAAAGCUGAGAUGGUGUUGACUGCAUGCAUGCUGGCACUUAUCUUCAUCUGCACAGGAAUGGCUGCCAAAUUUGUUGCUCCACCAUGUGACCUGCACAUGUUUGAUAGUAAUGUUGACAACUGCUUGUUGGAGUUCAACAACAGCAUGGAGACAAGCAGCUAUCAGGACAGGUGCCCAUGGCCAACUGUAAAACGCAUCUACAACAAACUGAAGUUUUGCGUGGACGACUGGGCACGUGUGUCUUGGUGUAGGGGAAACGGGUUUCUCGUUGACAAGGUCUUCCUGGAGGUCCAUGAGACGUACUUUUCGCUCUGUGGAAAGGUCCAAGACCCCCCAUACACCACUCUUAUCAUGUUAAUAGCAUCUGCUACAAUUGCCACAUUUUUUGUACCUGUUUUGUGUAUUCGUCUCACCACCUGGAACACACACUCUGAUGUGCUGAGCUGACAAAGACAGCUUCUGCGGGAUCAUGCUAACUUUGCGUUUGUUAACGGUACAGAGAUUCAGAAAAUUCAAACUCUGGCAAAACAACAUGUGUCAGGGCAAUCAGCAUGAUAAUCCUAAAGCUUUAAAAUUAACCAUAAUUUUUUUAUAAAACAUUUUUACAUCUUUGAGUCCGAGAACAAGUAAUCAUAGAAAGUAUCCCCCAGGAUUAGCCACCUCGUCGGCUAACCAACCUAGCUAUUUGCUUUAAAUAGCUAUUUGUGUGUGCUAGCUAGUUUCUUUACAUGUGUGAGGCUGUGUGUUACUGUCGAUGUAGCCUGUUAUUUUUUGAUUAUUAGUAUCACAUUAUAAUUAUACUCAACAACUAGUUUGGUUAGCCGUUACCCUGGAAAGUAGAUCCCCAUGCAGUUAGUAACAAUAGCUAAUCCAGGGGGCUAAUUUCAGUUUUUUGCUUUCAGACUCAUUAACAAGCGUUUGAAAUGAUAUAUGUAAAGCUUAAGUUUAUUUGGAAAGCUUUAUGAGGCUUGAGCUGCUUGGCCAGCUGUAACCCAUGUUUUACAGAACUCUACGGAGGUGGCGAGUGCAAACUUGGCAUGACCCAUAGUCAGAAAAACCACAAUUAUGAAAACAAGACUUGGGGGAAAAAGUACUGCAAUUUUCUUUUAAAUAAGUGUGACAUGCAUGCAUACACACAUAGACAAAAACAGAACAACAUAUAGCCUAUGUGUCCAUUUAUAGGCAAUAUUUCCCAUUAAUAUUCAAUAUAGAAAAUUAUGCUGUGAAUGUUUUGAACUUUCCGGAACUCAUUAUUUUGUUUAAUAUAGUUAACCCCACCCAUCUGGCACUUACAGUAAGUAGACAGAAACAAAACCUUAAUGAUUUACUGCACUGUUUCACACCAACUUCACAGAAGUGUAUGUGAUACCUAAAAAGACUGUAUUCUAUUGUCCAUUUUUUAUGCUGACCAAAAUAAAGAAGGAUCCUGU